ACGUGAAACACUAUUCUUAAAAUUUGAUAAGGGAUAUUUCGUGAGAAGACAAGACUGUAGAAAGUAUUGCUUUAAAGUAUUUGUCAGCGUUAGGUAAUGUUGCAAUAGCACCCGGAAGAGCGUUGAAUGUAUGACACGUGGUUUUCUACUGUGAGAAUACGGUUGGUGUUUAUUUCUCUACGAAUGAACCCACGUUUGUAAACAACUUGUUUCAAGAUGUCUAAGACUGAAGUAAUACAGAAUCCACCAAUUGAAAAUAAGUCUCUUUAUGUUCCUCCUCUGGAAGAACUGAAAAAAGUUCUUGGCAGUGGCCUCACAAGCAAUUUUGCAGACGUCAUUGUUGAAGUCGUGGACUGUCCUGAUUUAACACAGCAACCUUUUACCUUGGCAUGCAAGGGUCUUUGUGGAAAACCCCGUCUUGUUGAAAUUGGUGGUGUUCCAUAUCUUGUGCCCUUAGUGAAGAGAGAGAAACUGUAUGAUCUUAAAUUACUUGGAAAUCAUGCAGAGCUUAAUCCAGCUUUCAUCAUUGGUGCAGGUGCUGGACCAUGGCCACAUGCUGGUGUUAACUGUGAGAUGAUGGCCAACAUGGAACUUGAAAAUGGUAAAAUUAAUAAUCAGACACGAAUAUCUAAAGUCAGUCAAGAAGAUGACAGCUGCAUACUUGAGAUCCUCCCAAACAGUGAAACCAGGUGUGCACUUCUGGCAAAUCUUUUUUGUUGUGAAGGGAAACCAGGGAAGGUCCUGAAGAUACAUUGCAAGAAGAGAACAGGAAAGUUUGACUUUAUAGCCAGCAUACGAAGAACACUUACCAAGCACUACAGUGACAAACCUGUGGGGCUUGGAGGAACUUUUCUUUUAAAACAAGGAAAAGCUAAACAGCACAUCAUGCCAGAUUUCUCAACAGUGCCACUCCAGUCUGAUGAAGAUGUUGAACAUUGGUUGAAGUUUUAUAACAUGUCAGCUCCACUAAUUGCUGUAGGAACAUUAAUAUCAGCUGAUCCGGGUUUAGAUUUACGAGUGCAACAUUUUCAUAGCUUCAGUCAUCAUGGAGAAGGUGGACACUACCACAUAGACACAGAGCCUGACACAGUGGAGUAUCUGGGUUAUUUUUCUGUGGCUGAAUGCAUCUAUAGAAUUGACAGACCAAAAGAAACCCACAUGGUUGGCAGAGACUAGUAUGUAACAGUAAUCAUUUCUGAGAAACUGUGUAGUAGGCAGUUGCAGGAUAUGGGGCUCUCAGUAGUAAUGAAAUGUUUUAUAAGUACUACAGUGACAGCCUUUCAUACCACAAAUUAAUAAUAUUCAGCCAUGAAAUGUAUUUUGUUUGCAAAUGAAUGGGUUUUGGGAAUAGAGACAAAAGAUUGACUUUAGCCUGCAAAAGCGAAAAGUUUUUGCUGUGUAUUAAUGUUUUUCAGUGUUUCAUGAAGAAAUUGGACUAUGACUUGUAAAAAAAUAAAUCAGAAGUGUGUAUUAAUGUUUUUCAGUGUUUCAUGAAGAAAUUGGACUAUGACUUGUAAAAAAAUAAAUCAGAAGUGUUUGCAAAUGUA